UGCGGCUCGGGGACCAGCACCGGGAUCUGAGGCGCUCCGCCGGGGCUCAGUCCGUGGGAGGGAGGGGUCGGCCGGAGCUUUCUCUCUCUAAGUGCCCAGGGAGCAGCAGCAGCAGCCGGGGGAUGCGAGCGGCCGCAGACGGAGACAGGAGCGGACGCAUGGGCUGGACAGACCCAUGUUCAAAUGGCUGAUCUGGAACUGUUUAAGUUUGAUGGAGCGGCUCCGAGAGACGCGUCCCUGGGGUUGAGUUAUAAGCAACGUGUCCCGGAGGUCUGCAGCAGCGGAGGAGCGACGCUCGAUCCCGGCGGAGGAGAGGCUCCAUGGACAGGGCUCCGGAGCGCGGCGCGUCCGGAGGAGGAAACGGAAACAACCUUCACCUGCAGACACGGAGGUGAUGGAGACCCUGUCCAGCUGAGAGGGACUCAAACCUGCAACCAGACUCACUGCUCCUCGCUGUACGAGGAGGAGGAGGAGGAGGAGGUGAUGGAGGAGGAAGAGGAGGACAUCCCGGAACUUUUCUUGCUGUCCGACGACGACCUCUCCUCCUCCGACGGCUCGGGGAAGUCGGUGGAUUACGGCUUCAUCAUCGCCGUCACCUGCCUGGUGACCGGCAUCUCUCUGGUCGCCAUAUCCUACACGGUGCCCAGGGACGUGCGCGUGGACCCGGACAGCGUGUCCGCCCGGGAGAUGGAGCGCCUGGAGCGGGAGAAAGCCCGGGUCGGGGCCCACCUGGACCGGUGCGUCAUAGCGGGACUGUGCCUGCUCACGCUCGGGGGCGUGCUGCUCUCCAGCCUGCUCAUGGUCUCCAUGUGGAAGGGGGAGAUGAUGCGGAGGAAAGCCUUCGCCUACUCCAAACACGCAGCCAACUUGUACGGGUCCAUGAGCUUGAGAGCAGCCUCGGGACUGGAGGACUCGUGCUCGCACCUGUCGGCGGCGGAUGAGGAUCUAGAAGUGCUCAGCUGACUUUAUGGACAGGGCAGGAGGUGAAGACUCUGGGAGCCUCACCUGUGCUGCCCCAGCAUCCGGGGGGGGGGAGGAGGAGGAGGAGGAGGAGGAGGAUCACUGUCUUUGUAUUUAGAACAGAUGAGGAAACUGGUCUUGAUCUCAUGGGUUCACAUUUUUUUCAAGUCUGUUUUAUCACAGCCCUCAGAUGCUCUUAUGAGUUGUUGGUUGUUGGAAUUGUUCCUUCUGUCUUUCCUGAGACAAGAUACGAUACGAUAAGACUAGAUUAGACUUUAUUAAUCCUGACUUUAUUAAUCCUGACAUUAUUAAUCCUGACUUUAUUAAUCCCAGUUCGCUCCAAGAUUACAGUAUCAGUGCACUGAAUAACACGUGUAUAUAACUAUAGCGCCUAAUAUAAAUAAGAAUGAAAUAAGUAUAAUAUAAACAAAAGUGGCAGUAAUGAUAAUAGGAGUAAAUAAUAUUGAAUAUUGCAAAAAACUGUAAUAUUACACUAAUUGCACAGGAGUAGUAAUAUUGCACUUCUAUCGUAUAUAGUUUAUUUCUAAGAGUCGGAUUAAUCACCCUGAUGAGUUGUACUCAUUUGAAUCUGAGUUAUUAGAUAUAAAAUCCAGAAUUUAGCUCAAGCUGAUAUGAUUAAAGAUUCAGAAGAGUUGAGACCAAACACAGAAACAACUCACGGAUCAGUUGGAGUAGCAGAUUCUUACAUGUGAGGGGAUCAUGAGCCAAACCCCUGCACAGAUGUUUCCUAACACUCCCAGAUGGGAUUUCACGUCCCUGGUUAUCGUGGCACUGAUCACUUUAUCUUCCGCAGCAGAUCCUGCAGCUUUGGCAUCUUUGAUUUGUUCUCAUUCAAAUGAACCGUUUUCUCUUUUUUUUUCCUGUAGAACUAAAUUGGUCUGAGUGAGGCCUCGAAUCUCAAACCUCAAAUCUGACACGGUUAAAAUCUUUUUUAUUUGAGCCUUCCCUCCUCAUGUUGACAUCUCUCCACCACACACUGAUAAAAACAUUCUGCUUUGUUUACUUAAGAAAUUGUAAAUGGUCUGUGUUUAUAUCGAUUAGUGUCAUCCAUGUGCAGCACUUUCACUGUCAGGGGCAAUUUGGGGUUCAGCGUCUUGCCCAAGGACACUUCGGCACGUGGAAUGGGAAUCGAACAGCCGACCCCCUUGUUGGUGGACAACCCACUCUACCUCCCGAAACCCUGAAAGCAGUCUUUAAUAUAAAGCACUUGAUUUUUUUCCCCGUGUGUGCUAAAACUUCAUAUGCAAGUAAAGUCAACUUAAUUUUUCACAUUUUUCUCGUCAAUCUGUUUUAUUCUCACGAGUUACAAAUGUUUAUUUUGAAAUGAAACCGACACACAUUGUUCAAUGUCCACAUCACUUUGCUCAGCAAGGAAACAGCGGAAACACAGAGGGAACUUCCUUUUAACGAGAUAAACAAUUUGGGAGACUCUUGAUUUUAAUGACGGAGAACAUUGAUGGUUAAAAUGUGUUUUUCCAACACAGAACGAGCUCUGUGGAGUUUUCCUGCUACUAGAAUUAGACCAGAAUGGACGAAAGGGAAACUUUUAAUGUGCAUGUUAAUCGUAUUAUAUAAAGAUAGGCUUGAAAAAAAUGUGAACCUAUCAGAACAGGUCAUGCAAAUCCUGGAGAUUUCGGGUUAGAUUUGUUAUAAAUAAUGUUUGUUUUUUUUAAAGGUAAAAUAUGAAAUGUGCUUUUUGGAGUAUGGAUUUCGUUUCCAUGGCUGUUGAUGAUUUGCCGUCCGAUGACCUCUGACCCAGUUUUUUGUUUUCCCACCGCGUCACAGCCUUUUUAAUGAUGCUGCGAUCAGUGAAUUCAUGUUU